AUGAUUAAACAAAGUUCCACUAUUGAAGAAUUACAAAAUCAACUUAUUUCUAGUCAUCGCGAUUUUGAUCUUGCUAUUGAACGUCAAAAGAAGUCAGCAUCAGAAGCAGAAGAAGCACGAAUAUUUGCCGAAGACCUUGAACGAUCAUUCAAUAAUUUACAACGCACAGUUCUUCGAAUUCAAGACAAAAUUUCUUCACACAAUUCACCAAAUCCAUCUCCAUCCAAAAGAGUUUCAUUCCCUGGAACAUCACUAUCAUUAUCAACAUAUUCUGAUUCUGAUUCUGAUUCCAAUCCUCAAGAAAAUUAA